UAUGAAUGGAGCGGGCUGCCCGGCCCAGCUGCCGGCGCGAUGAUCGCGGUGUCUAUCCCCGCGGUGGGACCGGGGGCCGAGGCCGAACCGAGCCCGGAGAAGACGCACACGGUGUUUACGGUGGAGGUGCUGUGCAAUGGCCGGAAACAUACCAUUGAGAAGCGCUACAGCGAGUUCCAUGCCCUGCAUAAAAGGAUAAAGAAGAUGUGCAAGGUCCCAGAUUUCCCCCCUAAGCGAGUCCCCAACUGGAUGUCGAAGGUGCAGGAGCAGCGGCGGCAGGGCCUGGAGGUUUACAUUCAGGGCGUCCUGUACUACAACAAGGAGCUGCCUAAGGAACUGCUGGACUUCCUGAAGCUCAGGCACUUUCAGCAGGAUGCCAAGGCCAGCAGUCUGAACCAUGGCUUCCUGCUCUCCCACCGGCCGGUUAUGAUCUUCCACAAAGACCCAUAUGUGCUCCCCUCCUCCACAGAGCUGCUGCCAGACAUAGUUCUGAGUGGUGUGUUGCGAGGCUUCUACAGACCAGCAAGCUGCUGCUGGGAGAAGGCCGCCCUGAAGUGCUUGGCAGGGCCCCACAUGCUUAGCCAGCAGGGCUCCUGAGGGUAUUCGCCACACAGACAUUGCUCAGGCUUCACCAGCACCACUACUGGAGUAGGAGCACUGCUCGGUUGUUCUACCUAGGGAUUGCGCCUGUAUCUCAGUGGCUGUGCCUUCCCUGGCAUGGGGUGAUGGACAAAAGAGGGAGAUGCUGCUGAGUCUGGGGGCUGGUGCCUAAUGCACAUGAAGACUGGGCUGGAAGCACUUCUAAUGAACAGGGCAGCUGUGAGGCCAGACCCUAGCUGCUCCAGUAGUGCCAUCUCUGACCACAGCAUGGGGAAGUGCUGCAAGCUGCACUCUGGCUGGGAUGGCCAGGCUCAAUGCCAGUGCUUAUGGCUACC